CCCUCUUGACAAGGAAAAAGAAAAAGAAGAUGAUGAGGGAAAACCUGAUGAUGCAAUUCAAGACCUCUUGGUGAAGUCCAUGACAGACCAAAUCAACUACCGCCAACAACAAGAUCCUAGCUUCGUUUGCCCGGAAAGAUUACAACUGUGGAAGGAUGAAAAAAAUGAAGACAGUGAGAAGAAAAUGAAGGAAUUGUGGGAUAUAUUUAUCCAAGCAGAAAAGAGAUCAAAGGAGCUGGAAGUGGAGUUGGCAACAUACAUAGAGAAAUUAGAUAAUGAAGAAUGUGUGACUGCCACCAUGACAGUGGAAUCUACAGUUCAGCUUAAUGAAAUACAAAAUCUGAAAAGGAGGAUUGCAGAAUUGGAAGGCAAGGAAACUGGUAUUGACAUGGAGAAGAUUGCCAAGAAAAAGGAGAUUCAAGAAAAGUACAAGGCAGAAAUUGAAAGCUUGUUGUCAGACCCAACAAUCUUUGAAAUGGAGAUGGAUCUGCCUACAAAACAACCAACACAACCAGUUGAAGAGAAAGAAGAAGAAAAGAAAGAAGAAGAGAAGCAACAAGAAGAGAGAGAAGAAGAGAAGAAGCAAGAUGCUCCAACACCUGAUGUUCCUUCAAGAGUACAAAGGGUGAAGAACAGAGAAAGAAAGAGGCUUCAAGCAUCUUGCUAUGUGUACGAAAAAAAUAAGAAAACAAAAAAGGAGGCAAAAAAGGAUGAUGAAGAACUACCACAAUUCAAGCUUAUCUCUUCCGUGUGUUAUCUGCUUUACAGAAAUGGAAACUGCAUUGCAGUUUCCGUUUCCUGCAAUGCAGUGUGUUAUCUGCUUUACAGAAAUGGAAACUGCAUUGCAGUUUCCGUUUCCUGCAAUGCAUUAACACAAGAGGCAUCUCAGCCCGAUGCCACAAAUCCAAUUCCUGACCCCCCUAAAGGAACGAGCCUUCAUGAUUCAAUACCUGUGGAUCUACAACAAUCAAGUGAUGAAGAUGAAGGACAAAAAAAGCCAACAAAGAAAAAACUAGGAUGGGGUCAGAAAAAGGUGUGGCAGAAAAUUCCAAAGCCGGACAGGGAAAGAAUUGAAAAACGCUACUUAAGCACUCAACUUCGUGAUAUCUUUUGGGCAGGACUCAAUGAUGAGAAAGUGACAAACCAUGAUCUCAAAGAUAUUGUAUGGGACCUGGAACUGUCACAAAACGUUAUUGAGGCCUAUAUCCACAUAAAGGAGGAUAAAAUAGAGCCCAUGCAGACAGAGAGUCCACAGUACAUGUCCACAUGGACUUGGGCUUACAUGCAAAGCUUCCUAUAG